AUGUCUGCUCGCAUGUUAAAGCUGGUCAAGGUGCACCUGCGCUCCAGGAGGCGUUUUGGCGCUCUUCCGCUCCUUCGGCCCUCGCGGACGUUCGGCUGCACGGUGACAAGACGACAUGAGCAAAGUGACACGUCUUCCGUGUUGGGCAAGCGAUGGAAGGACACUGCCGAGACGGUGGUCAUCGGAGGGGGCUGCGUGGGCACGAGUGUGGCCUACCACCUGGCAAAAAGCGGCAUGAAGGACGUGGUGCUGCUGGAGAAGACCGAACUGACCGCCGGUUCCACGUGGCACGCGGCCGGGCUGACCACCUAUUACCAUCCGGGCAUCAACCUCAAGAAAGUCCACUAUGACAGCAUUAAACUGUACGAGCGGCUUGAAGCCGAGACCGGACAGGCGGUGGGCUUUCACCAGCCGGGCAGCGUCCGCAUUGCAUCAACGCAUGCCCGUGUGGACGAGAUGCGGUACCAGAUGACUCGCACCCACUGGCACGAGACGGAGCAGUACAUGAUCGGGCCAGAGAAGGUCCAGGAGCUGUUCCCUCUUCUCAACAUAGACAAGGUUUUGGCUGGUCUGUAUACCCCAGGAGACGGCCACAUUGAUCCUUACUCUCUGACCAUGGCUCUGGCGGCAGGUGCUCGCAUGUACGGCGCCCAGAUCUACAACCCCGCCCCGGUCACAGGCCUCAUGCCCACAGCGGACGGCAAAUGGGAUGUGCAGACGCCUCACGGGACCAUCCGGGCGAACCGUAUUGUCAAUGCCACAGGUUUCUGGGCCCGUGAGGUGGGAAAGUUAAUUGGCUUUGAGCAUCCGACUAUCCCAGUGCACCAUCAGUACGUGGUGACGGCAACCGUGCCGGAGGUAAAGGCCCUGAAGAAGGAGCUGGCCGUCAUCCGAGACCUGGAGGGCUCUUACUACCUGCGCCAGGAAAGGGACGGCCUUCUUUUUGGGCCCUAUGAAAAUAUGGAAAAGAUGGUCCUGCAAGACUCUUGGGUUAGAGACGGCGUACCCCCAGGUUUUGGCAAGGAGCUGUUCGAGUCAGACCUGGACCGGAUCAUGGAGCAUGUAGAAAUUGCCAUGGAGAUGGUCCCUGUGCUAAAGAAAGCCGACAUCAUCAACAUUGUGUCCGGUCCGAUCACGUACACCCCCGACCUGCUGCCCAUGGUCGGACCACAUCAAGGAGUUCGCAACUACUGGACGGCCAUCGGAUUCGGGUACGGAGUGAUCCACGCUGGUGGAGUCGGAAAAUUCCUGAGCGACUGGAUUAGAAAUGGCGAGCCUCCGUACGAUCUGAUUGAGUGCGACCCCAACCGCUAUGGGAGCUGGGUCGACGUGCCCUUCCUGUGCGCGAAAGCCAGAGAAUCCUACGGCUUCAAUAAUGUGGUCGGCUACCCCAAAGAGGAGCGCUUUGCAGGCCGACCAACCUACCGGAGGAGCGGCGUUUACGAUCUUCUCAAGGACAAGGCAUCCAUGGGCUUCCAUGCCGGCUGGGAACAACCUCACUGGUUUUACAAACCAGGAGACGACACUGGAUACAAACCCAGUUUCAGGCGCACAAACUGGUUCGGACCUGUCGGCAGAGAGUUCGAGCUGGUGAUGGAGAAUGUGGGAGUCAUAGACCUGACCCCUUUCGGCAAGUUCAUCGUGAAAGGAAAGGACUCUCUCAAGUUGCUAGACCGCCUGUUUGCUAACACCAUGCCUAAGGUGGGCCACACGAACAUUAGCCACAUGUUGACACCCACCGGGAGAGUUUUUGCUGAGGUUACCAUCACCCAGUUGGCACCAGGAGAGUUUUUGCUCAUCACCGGCUCGGGAUCAGAGCUACAUGACCUAAGGUGGAUCGAGACAGAAGCGGCUGUCGGCGGCCAUGACGUUGACAUCGCCAACGUGACGGAAGAAAUGGGCGUGCUGGGGGUCGCCGGGCCCAACUCUCGCAAGGUCCUUCAGAAGCUCACCCAAGAGGACAUGAGCCAUUCGGGCUUUAAAUUUCUCCAGUGCAAGUCAAUCCAGUUGGCCGGUGUUAUGCUCCGAGCCAUCAGGAUCUCUUACACUGGCGAACUGGGAUGGGAGCUGUACAUCGGCCAGACGGACAUGGCGGCGGUGUACCGGGCCAUAAUGGAAGCGGGAAAAGAUGAAGGCAUCGACGACUUCGGCACCUACGCCAUGGCCUCCCUCCGGUUGGAGAAGGGCUUCAGAGGAUGGGGAGCUGAGAUGAACUGUGACACCAACCCUCUGGAGGCGGGUUUAGAUUACUUCAUCAAACUUAACAAGCCCGCUGACUUCAUCGGCAAGGCGGCACUUCAGGAGAUAAAAGCCAAGGGCCUGAAGAGGAAGUUGUCCUACAUUGCGGUGGAGACGCACGACAUAGACCCUGAGGGCAAUGAGACGGUGUGGCACGAUGGCAAGGUGGUGGGCAACACGACGUCGGGGGCCUACAGCUACAGCGGCCAGCACAGCCUGGCAUUCGCCUACCUGCCCGUGGAGCUGUGCUCGGUGGGGCAGAAGGUGGAGGUGGAGCUGCUGGGGAGGAAGUACCCGGCCGUGGUCAUCCAGGAACCCUUGGUGCUCACCGAGCCCACGCGGACCCGCCUGCAGAACAAAGCCAAGACCAAAGCAUAAGAACAUCGCCACAAUGGA